AUGAAUGGUUGGAAUGAACACUUGGAACAAGAUGGUGAUGAUGAUGAUAUUUUUGAAGAAGCUUCUCUUUUGGCUGCACUAGUUGGUGAGUAUGCAGUAAAUAAUUUAUGCAAAAAACCGUGUAGAACUAGUGAACUAACCGGUCAUUCAUGGGUUCAAGAAAUAUUACAAGGGAAUCCCACUCGUUGUUAUGAAAUGUUUCGAAUGGAAAAACAUAUUUUUAACAAAUUAUGUACUGAAUUAAUGGAACAUGGUUUAAAGUCUUCUAAACGUAUGGGAGUUGAAGAAAUGGUUGCAAUGUUUCUAGUCAUUGUAGGCCAUGGGGUAGGCAAUAGAAUGAUUCAAGAAAGAUUUCAACACUCGGGUGAAACGUUAGUGCUAGUGACCAAACCAAGUUUAUCGGAAGAAAAUCCAACACAAAAUAUUAUGGUUGUAUGUGAUUGGAAUAUGUGCUUCACUUUUGUGUUAGCUGGUUGGGAAGGUACUGCCCAUGAUGCUCGUGUUUUUGAUCAAGCUCUUACAAAGAAAGAGCUUAAUUUUCCACAUCCUCCUCCGGAUAAGUUUUAUUUGGUAGAUUCUGGGUAUCCAACACCAGUAGGAUACAUUGGUCCUUAUAGAUGUGAACGCUACCAUCUUCCCGAGUUUAGACGUUCAAAUAGAUUUGAAAAUCAUAAUGAAGUAUUCAAUUAUUACCACUCAAGUUUAAGAUGCACAAUAGAAAGAACUUUUGGGGUGUGGAAGAAUAGAUUUGCAAUCCUACGUCGCAUGCCGAAGUUCAAAUAUGAAACACAAGUUCAAAUAGUAGUCUCAACAAUGGCAAUACACAACUUUAUCAGAAGAACUGCUGAAGUGGAUAGUGAUUUUAAUCUUUAUGAAGAUGAAAACACAGUCAUUCACCAUGAUGAAAUUCAUAGAUCAAAUAACUUAGAUCCGUCACAAGUUUUCAAUGUAGAUUUUUCGUCAGAGAUGGAUCAUGUUCGAGACUUAAUUCGUAAUCAAAUUAUAGAAUCUAGGUUAAAUAAUUAG